AUGACCCCUCUCACUGCUGCCUCAGUCACGGUGUCCAUCAUGGGUCACAUUUUAAGCAAGGAUAUUGCUAAACUUGAGCUUGACACAGAGGUCAUCACAAAGGGUUUUGACGUGCUGAAGGGGAACUUCUCCCGAACGUUCCUCCGUGUUGGCUACCACAAGGUGACAGUGAUUCCUGCAGGAGCCUGCAACAUUAGCAUCAAGGAGGCAGUCAAAACACGAAACUACAUCGCCUUGAAGACGCACACUGGUGACUCCAUCAUCAAUGGCAACUGGGUGAUUGACAAGCCGGGAAUCUUCGCAGCUUUGGGCACACAGUUCACUUACCGGCGACCCAAUGAAAUCCGCUCUCGGACUGGAGAAUCCAUCAGCGCUACCGGACCUCUGACAGACGACUUGCAUGUUUAUUUGAUCUACCAGCAACCAGGUGUCAGAGUGUACUAUGAGUACUUGAUGCCUUUGAAGACCACCAGGCCACCUCCACAGACCACCACACCCUUUGCUGCAAUUCCUCAAACCAGCACUGCAGCGCGCACGGUUGACAAGGGAGUGAAUGGCAAUGAGAUCUUGAGUGAGACUCUGAAAGUGGUCCCCUCCCCCCUACCCACCUACAUCUGGAUCAAGGCUGGAUAUACGGAGUGCAGCUCAUCAUGUGGCACAGGCUGGCGACAAAUGAUUCUCCAGUGUGUCGCCAAAGACUCCAUGAUGACCGUCAGUGCACACUUCUGUGAUGCUGGACAACAACCAACCAGCCAGGAGGAAGUGUGCAACACUGAGCCCUGUCCAGCGUACUGGGAUGUUGGCGAGUGGUCUGAGUGCAGCAAGAGGUGUGGACCAGGAACUCAGCUCCGACAAGUCAUCUGCCGCCAGGUCACCAGCGUCCAGAAAAAUGGGACCGAAAACUCGGUCACUGUGGCAUCAGAACUGUGUGGGACAACAGAUCGACCUGCUACCUCAUCUACCUGUCAGAUGAAGAUCUGCAGCCAGUGGGAAAUCCGCUCGGAGUGGAGCGCAUGUUCAGUGCCGUGUGGACUGGGCCAGCGGAGCAGGCAGGUGGUCUGUGUGAGCAACCAGGGCGAGGUGGAGGAGGACCAGGAGUGCAACAUGAACCUCAAACCGGACGCUCUUGAGAACUGCGACAUGGGUGCGUGUGCCCGGAGCUGGUUCACCUCGCUCUGGAGUGAGAAGUGCUCAGCAACGUGCGGCAAAGGUGCACAAACCCGGAGAGCUGUGUGUCUGAGGAAUCAUGUGAGUGAUCUUCCGCUGGACAGCUGUGACGGCGAGCGCCCCUUGGAAGAGAAGCCAUGUGACUCAGGUCCAUGUCAGAAGCGUCUCGAGUGGUACUCUGGGCCUUGGAGUCAGUGCUCUGCAGAGUGUGGGAACGGCACGCAGACGCGGACUCUGGCUUGCAUCCUUAACAACAACAGUCUUAUGGAGGUGGUGGACCAUUCCAGAUGUUCACAUCUUCCGCAGCAGGUUACAGUUCAGCCCUGCAUGUUGAAGCCGUGUGGGGUCCAGUGGUACGUCACAGAGUGGAGUGAGUGUUCCCUUCCAUGCGGUGGAGGUUUUCGGGUCCGAGAGGUGCGAUGUCUCACGGACAGCUUUGCCCCCAGUGACCUUUGUGACGCCAACAUAAUACCAGGCAAUCGGGAAGAAUGCAACACUCAUCCUUGUAAAGCAGAGAUCACUCCAUCCUGCAGUGACCAGAACCACAACUGUGUGGUGGUGGUCCAGGCACGACUGUGUGUUUACAACUACUACAGGAGCAUUUGCUGUGCCUCCUGUGCCAAAGCCCAGAAAGCUUACCCCUACUCCUCGCAGAAAAACCACAUCCGCAGGUGA